GGCAACCACUCCGCUGGCACACUGAAGAGGCUUCGGCUAUGCUUCUGCCGCGCACAGAGAAGACAGUGGAAUUACACCAGUAGUGUUGUAUGCCUUCAACGAAAGAAUCGGGGAAAAAACUUAAUCUGAGAAGUUCCCAUCAUGGACCUAUAUUAACUAGCAUUCGCGUAAAUCUAAAGAGGUUUUACAGUUGUGCCGUAUUUUAAUACUGCGCAUUGCAUGUAUGCAGUGACGAAGAAGAAGCUUGUUAAGCGACAAGGGAAUUAACGUUAGUAUUUUGUCGGGCUAAUAUCGUCAAGUGUGGCGACAGUUUAGAGGCGGUUUGCCUUGGGGGACGUUAGCGGACUUUAACGGAUCUCCAACGAGGGAAUAUUACAACUUCAACACCAACAGUGGAGUGUUUUUUUUAAGGAGAGUUUCUUCUGCUGCUGCUAAAGUUGCCCGGCGGUAAGGUGCAGCCACGCCGGGAGAAGGCACAGUGCGACGGCCGCCUCUCCGGCUAGCUCGCCUGCUGCUUCUGUUUCUUGGAUCGCGGCCUUGUCGAUGAGGCGACAAUGCUUGACAUAAUGUCUGAGCACCAAGAUUCACUGUUGACGUGCAAAACUGAACCUUUGCCCCCAGAGAGGAAAAAGAGGACCGUUGAGGACUUCAAUAAGUUCUGCAGCUUUGUCCUGGCCUAUGCUGGUUACAUCCCCAGUCCAAAAGAGGAAAGCUCAUGGUCACCAACAUCGUCCAGCUCUGCACACAGUUCAGGGCUGUCAGCAGAUGGUGGUGGUGGAGGCAGCAGCUCCAUGGGUAAUACUUGGGCAGAUGGAAGCUCCGAUAUCCACACUAUCCACACAUUCGUCCGCAAAGCUCGAGCAAACAAGGGCAAAAACAUUCGCCGCAUGCACUCUGAUAGCACUCUGCUGGACAAGAUGCGCCUUAAAGACUCCCUAUACGAGAGCCAGGCCAGCACUAAGGCGGAGCGCAAAAAGGACAAAAAACUUAAAAAGUUGUCACUGGGUUCUGCCAUGACGGCGGCAGAUAGUGGCAGUAGCGAAGGCGAGAAGAGAGCCCGCAUCAAGCGCAGCAAAAACUCAAAACAGCCAAAAGCUAAGAAGCUUAAGAGUUCAGCAACUCAAAGUGAGACAGACUCUGAGGCGAGGCACACACACACAGAGGUACGAGCCGGGACGGAGGAGCUGACGGCGCAUGGGGACUCAACCCCGAGCGAGCAGGGCCUGGGGAAGAUGCAGCCAGAGGAGUCCAUAAGGGAAGCAGAGAUGAGCUCCAGCGAGGGCGAGACCUGGAUCGCCGAUGAAGACAUUAUGGUGGAGUCAGGUGACGACUCGUGGGACUUGAUCACCUGUUACUGUGGGAAGCCAUUCGCGGGACGGCCGAUGAUCGAGUGCAACCAGUGCGGCAUAUGGGUGCACUUGUCGUGCGCAAAGAUCAAGAAGUCCAACGUUCCUGACAUCUUUUACUGCCACAAGUGCAGGGACGUGCGGCGGUCAGGACACAAAAAAGACACUUAGAAGUGAAGCGGACGGGAGGGACAAGGAGCACCCGCCCUGUUUUUUUUUUUGUUUUGUUUUUUUUUUUUUUUUUUGCUGUCACACUCGUUUUCUUUGAUGCCUGCAGCCAAAACAGCCUAAAUUAUCACCUGGAUGGCAACUGUAUUGUCAGGUUGUAGGAUUUCUUUUGACAAUCACAACCAUUCUUAUUUAUCCCUCACUGUACUUUUCAUUUUUCCCCUUUUUUUUUUUUUCUUUCUUUCUUUGGCUACUGUGAAGAACUGGAUAGAAGGCAACAGUGACAGCGGAGAAUCAUUUAUUUGUUACUAAUUAAUUGGCUUUGUUGUGUACUGUGCUAGUGACGUGAACAUACAGUUUUCAUAUUCACUGAAGGUGCAUUUCGACUUAUAAAUGAUUUCUUGAGACGACAAAUCAGUGAAAAUUUUCAUUUAGCGUCACAAGGAGCAGCAUUUUCUUCUUGAUAGCCAUUUCCGCUCUUCUUUAAAUCAAUGCAAGUUUUACACAUUGACUCAAUGUAUAAGCUUAAGAGAUGGAAAAUGUCACUCCUGUUAUUUGUUUAGAAGUACGUCAUGAUGCUAGACGGGCAGCUCAUUUUUAUUUUUGAUUGUAUUUUGGCGAUUUAUUCCUGAGUUUGCUUCGGUCGUCAGUGGUGAUCACUGAACCUUGCGAUGUAGAGAUCUCACUACUCUAGAGUAAGUGAUCCUUGAUUUAAUAGAAUCGGCUAACAGAUAUUAUUUUUGCAACUGCAUCUAAAAUUUCAAAUUGCACACAGACAAUUCUUUUAGCAGUGCACUUUUUUUAAACCCAAAUACGAUUUCCACUGCAUAUAUGGGUGGUAAUUGGGAUUUAUGAUGAACUACAGCUGAUUAAAUCUGUACUUGGCGUGUGGCUGUGUACAUUCAUGAUUGAGCGCUUAAUGUUUCUCCCUGUCUGGCUUGUUAAUCAGUCACUGAUAGCCAUUCACCAUGAACAACAUUUACAGUGAAAGCUGUUCAAUUUUGAUGUGUUUCAUGUGUUUUUUUUGUUUUUGUUUUGUUUUUCAUGUUUAAAACCUCAUCCGAUACGAGGGAGGGUAACGUUGCUGUAAGAUGAAUGGUUUGGCAGUGCUUUACGAUGUCAAAAGUGGCUCUGAGGCUUGUUUUUGAAUUGUUGUAAAAUAUUUGUUUUGUUUUGUUUUUUUUUUUCUAUUUCACGUAAUUGUUUUAUUUCUUAGCUUUCUGAAAAGCAGGAUUUAGAUAAGCGCCCCGCAUCAGAGAACGGACAUAAGAUUGUCUCACAUCGAGAACAAAAAGUUGUAGUGUACAGAAAAUAAGUUGACGCCACGUAGGUCGUGGCAUUUGUUUAUGUUGUUUGGUUUUACCAUGUGCUUUUUCUUUUUGUUGGCAGGGAGAGUCUUGGUAAGUCCAGUAGCAGUUGCACUCUCUCUACAACUUCAACUCUGUGUACAUAUCCUUUCUUUUGACAACUGUACAUAUGUGAAAGUGAAGAGAGAAAAUACCCAAGCAAAAUCUAUAUUUUCUGCAGUCUGAUAUUGUUUUCUUUAAUUGUAGCUUGAAAAUAAAAAGUCUUUGGGAUCAUACAAACGGUUUUCGGAGUCAUUCACACAUAAAGAGACGUUUCAAGUUCUGUUUUUGUCACUUUUUAUUAAAUGUUGGCACACAGCAAAGUGUUUGUCAUGCUUGUCUUUCA